ACGGCAUCACCUCGGCUCGCCUCGCGACUGUUUGGGACUCGACGCAACGAGGGGAAGAUAAGAGUCGACGACGACGACCGCGAACCUCCUCCGGCGCGUUAACACUUUCCUCUAACUGUCAUCCAUGAGAUUCUUCAGGCUUACCUUCAAGUGCUUUGUCGACUGCUUCUGAAUCCCCCCGUCCACGUACCGACCGCGGCGGCGCUUUUUUGGUGUGCGGACACACGCUUGUCUCAUCGCGGAGGGAUUCCGACGAAACCUGCGUUUAAAAAAAAAAAACCCCCAAAAAAAAGAGAAGAGGAAGAAGAAGAAGAAGAAGAAGACCUAAAAUAACAAACCGAAAAUACAAACAGAGAGAGAGAGAGAGACAAAGAGACAGAGAGAGAGAGAGAUCAAAACUGGAGAACUGCACUCUAGAUCACAGCCCCAUGCCUGUCAGCCGCUGAUAGGCUCCAUCAGCCCCGGCUGAACAGGCACGCGCUCGCUAGUCCAGCUUUCCUUUUUUUUAAAUUUUUUAUUUUUUUUUGGACCAAAAUCAUAAAUUGAUAAUAUUCGAAUUAUCCCCAUAUCCCCAACAAUAUGACGCCAGAGGUGGAGGAGAAAAGCCAAGGUGAAAUCGGUUUCCCCCAGGCGGAGGCAGGAAUCUCCUCCGAGGAUGAAGGCGUCGGGGUGGCCCGUCCCCUGGUCCCCGUCCCCGGCGCGGGGGCCGGGUGUGGCGAGGGGGGAGGGGGCGGACCACCCCCCAACCAGGAUGGGCUGACGGCGGGGCCGGGCGCCGGAGCUGGCGCCUCAGCGGUACCGGUGGUGGAGAGAGAAACCUGGACCAGGCAGAUGGACUUCAUCAUGUCCUGCGUGGGCUUCGCUGUGGGCCUGGGCAACGUCUGGCGCUUCCCUUACCUCUGCUACAAGAACGGAGGAGGUGUGUUCCUGAUCCCCUACAUGCUGAUAGUCUUCAUCGGGGGCAUCCCUGUCUUCUUCCUGGAGAUUGCUCUGGGACAGUUUAUGAAGCAAGGAGGCGUCUCAGCCUGGAACAUUGCACCGCUCUUCAAAGGUUUGGGCCUAGCCUCCAUGGUAAUCGUGUUCUUCUGCAACACCUACUACAUCAUGAUCCUGGUGUGGGGCCUCUACUUCCUCUUCCACUCCUUCACCAGCCCGCUGCCCUGGGCCACGUGCGGACACCCGUGGAACACACCCAACUGCACACAGGAUUUCCGACGCGCCUGCCACAACCGCAGUGCCACCCAGCUGCCUCUGCCCUUGUCCACUGCAGACCCCUCUGCUCCUUCUGCCCCACCCCACUUCCUAUCCUCCUCCCCAGUCAACCAGUCCACAGCCCAGCUCCUCCUCAACAGCAGCUGCAUGGAGGCAGAGGGCCUACGCUCCCCAGUCAUCGAGUUCUGGGAGCGUAAGGUGCUUCGUCUGUCCGGGGGGCUGGAUGAGCCGGGCGACAUCAGCUAUCAGAUGGUCCUGUGUCUCAUAGUCACCUGGGUUAUCGUUUACUUCUGCAUAUGGAAAGGAGUCAAGUCUACGGGCAAGGUAGUGUACUUCACAGCUCUGUUUCCUUACCUGGUUCUGGUUGUUCUGUUGGCCCAUGGAGUCACUCUCCCAGGGGCCCUGGAUGGGAUUGUCUACUACCUGAAACCAGACUGGUCCAAACUUGGAGAAGCACAGGUGUGGAUCGAUGCGGGCACCCAGAUUUUCUUCUCCUAUGCCAUUGGACUGGGCGCCCUGACCGCGCUGGGCAGCUACAACCGCUUCCACAACAACUGUUACCAGGACGCGUUUGUGUUGGCCCUCAUCAAUAGUGGUACCAGCUUCUUUGCGGGCUUUGUAGUGUUCUCUGUACUGGGCUUCAUGGCUGCUGAGCAAGGAGUGGACAUCAGUAAGGUAGCUGAGAGUGGUCCAGGUCUGGCCUUCAUAGCUUAUCCCAAGGCUGUAACUCUGAUGCCUCUGGCUCCAGUCUGGGCAGCACUCUUUUUCUGUAUGCUGCUCGUGCUGGGUCUGGACAGCCAGUUCGUAGGUGUGGAGGGUUUGAUAACGGGCAUCAUCGACAUGCUGCCCCCUCAGUCCGUCCUGAGCUCCCUGCGGCGGGAGGUGGUGGUGGCCAUCUGCUGUGUCACCUGCUUCCUCAUCGACAUGUCCAUGGUGACGGAGGGAGGGAUGUACGUCUUCCAGCUCUUUGACUACUACUCUGCAAGUGGCAUCACCUUGCUGUGGCAGGCCUUCUGGGAGUGUGUGGUGGUGGCGUGGGUCUACGGCGCAGAUCGCUUCAUGGACGACGUGGCGCGCAUGAUCGGCUACCGGCCGCUGCCCUACAUGAAGUGGUGCUGGUCUUACAUCACACCUCUGGUCUGCGUGGGGGUGUUCCUGUUCCACGUGGUGAACUACAAACCUCUGACCUAUAACACAAUGUACACCUACCCCUGGUGGGGCGAGGCGCUGGGCUGGGGGCUGGCCCUCUCCUCCAUGCUCUGCAUCCCCGUCACCGUUGUCUACAAACUACUGCGCUGCAAAGGAUCUCUCCGGGAGCGUUGGCAGCACCUCACCAACCCAGUGUGGGGCAGACACCACUUGGAGUACCUGGCUCCGGAGUCCGAGGCCAAACUUCUGCCCCCUACAGGAGCCAAGAGUACACUGCUCUUUGAGAGCGUCAUCUGAUCAGCUGAGCCACGCAGAACACAGAGCACAAGGCUGCCCUCAUCUUCAUCUCUCUCACACACACACACACACACACACACACACACACACACACACACACACACAGUAUUAAGAAUGCACUCACUCGGUUAGAGAAGUAUUGCAAGGUCACCUUUGAUCAGCCACUCUCACACUCUCAGACUGAUGACAAGGCCCUGGAAGAAUGGACCAAAGAUGGGAGGAGAACUGAAAAACAAACACACACACACACACACAUUCUGGUACCCUCAUCUUUGUGACGACCCAUCAUUGACUACAUUCAUUGCCUCGCCCUGAACCAUGAAUAGACCGCAGUUAUACCGCGUUUCUAGUCUACCGACCACUCGGAGCUCUUUACAACGUACGCCUCACAUUCGUUCACUGACGGCACGGUGGUGCAGUGGUUAGCGCUGUCGCCUCACAGCAAGAAGGUCCUGGGUUCGAACCCCGGGGUUGUCCAACCUUUGAGGUCAUCCCAGGUUCUCCCCGUGUCUGCAGUGGGUUUUCUCCGGGUGCUCCAGUUUCCUCCCACCAUCAAAAAGACAUGCAUGCUAGGGUUAAUACUCCUGUCUGUGCUCCCGACCGAGGCAUGGCGAGAUCCAGCUGGAGUUGGUCCCCGGGCGCUGCACGGCGGCUGCCCACUGCUCCUGGCUACACAGCUAGGAUGGGUUACAUGCAGAGCACAAUUUCCCCAUGGGGGGGUCAAUAAAGUAUCUCAAAAGAAAAAAAAAAAGUGGCAACCUGCUCAUCAGGAGCAGGUAGAGGUUCGGUGUCUUGCUCAAGGACACUUCAACACGCGCUCUGAAGGAGCUGGGGAUUGAACCAGGAACCUUCCGAUGACUGGACGAUCCGCUCUACCCUCCUGAGCCAUGCCGCCCCGCUCUGUGAAAUUCAAAAUGAUGCCCCAAGUGUUUCAGUGACGUCUGGCACUACAGGCGUAACUUAUGGGGGGGGUCAGGGGGGACGUGUCCCCCUCAAUAUUUAGAAGAGGUGAAUUUGUCCCCCCCAAAAAAUAUAUCAUGAAGGAUAAUGUUAACUCCCUCGCCAAAAAAGGUAAAAUAACAACACAGACAGUCGAUCAACUUAAAAUAUGAUUCAUACUUGUUUUCCAACGAUUUCCUACACCCCUAUGCUUGGACCAUACCAUUUUAACCUUGCCACUGGGCUUGCCGACCUCCUUGCUGUCUUGCAGUUGCCUCUGACAACCAGGAGACCGGAGCAUGAAUGUUGGUGUAAGCAAGUGUAAGUUACGUAGCUAGCCAGCUUGCUUGUCUAGCCCAGUACACCACCCUUUCUCACCUUUGGGGCUUCUGAGUUAGAUUUUCUUACGUAUUUCUGGAUGAAUUAUAGCCUUAUCUAGUUUAUAACUUGUGUUUGGGGUUAUCAGUUCAGACCCCCUCACGAGCUAGCUAGCUAGCUAGCUAGUGCUUGCUAACAGUAGCCCCUAGACGUUUAUGUUAGCUUAAAUGAACUUGAGCUGCUAAUUUCGGGCACAUGAGAUAACAUAAUAGGUACAUCUACAAACCAAUUUGUGCCAAGGGUAUUGUAUUAGUUCAAACGCACCAACUACUUUCAUUCAGAGUCAACAUGAGCAAGAGGAAAGUAACAGAAGAUAUCCGAUAGGCUAGCCUAUCUGAAAGUUGUUUUUCCUUUAACAUAAAUAAGACAUUUCCACAAUAAAUUGAUGUAGAAAAAGAGCAAAUUGGUGCAUACACAUUCACCAGAAUGCAGGAAAUUAAAUGUGUGAUGCUCAAAAUUUCCAGGAGGAGGACCCCCUGACCCCCCGCUAAAUGUGUCCCCCCCAAUGUUCAAGUGAAACUUACUCCACUGUGUCUGGCACCAACACAAAUUAACCUGCACAGAAGUGAUCAGGACCUGAACCCUCAUUCUAACCCUAAACCCAAACCCUGACCCUGAAACAGACCCUUAAAGAAGUGAGGACCCGCCAAAAUGUCCUCGCUCUGCAAGUUUCUCACUCUGGUGUUUAAAAACUCAAACUGGCUCCUCGCAAAGAUGGAAGUACCACCACACACACACACAAAUUCAACACAGGCUGGUUUUCCCUCUGCUCUGCUUUCUGGUUCUCUACCUCUCUGCUCCUCCCUUCUCUCUCUCGCUCCUCUCCUCCCCCUUUGCUCCCCGCCUUAGUGCCGUCCUGUCCUGUCUUGUCCCGUGAGCGUGACGUGGUGACCCGUGUAGCUACAGUGUUCCUGCUUUCUCGCCGCACCUCCGUGUCUGGCUUUCAUCAGCCGCGCCCUUCUCAGCCCAACCUCCCAUGUGGUGCCGCGUAUAUAAAACUGUCCGAACCACCCGCCCCUACAACCCGUCCCUGCGUUCUGACCUCCAGCCAUUGUUUUUUUACUGACUGUAACUGUUUCAUCUGUACAAAACUUAACUUCCAUUUGUAAAAAAGUCUAAAAGAAAACGCAUCGCCACUUCCAGUACGUGUUAUUAAUAAUCUUAAGUAUCGAGUGUGUCGUCGGGGUUUGUGAAUCAGUGGUUAUAGUUUCGAGGGAGGGCCUGCUGAUCAGUAUUUCCACCUUAAGAGAGAGCGAGAGAUCGACGAUGAUGGGUGAACGAGUGAAGGGGAAGGAGUUGUGGGAAGGGAGAGAGAUUGAUGCCGUGUCAAGAAAGAAGCAAUAAAUGACAAGAUGGAAACGUUGUGUUGUCACUGGCUCUUUAUUUGCACCCCGUCAAACUUCUGUUUGACAGAGUAAAGAUAUUAACACUGUUGUAGACAAAUCGCUUCUUUUUCCUCCCACUUUUUCUCCCCAAUUGCACUGGUCCAAUCACCCCACUCUUCCGAGCCGUCCCGGUCGCUGCUCCACCCCCUCCGCUGAUCCGGGGAGGGCUGCAGACUACCACAUGCCUCCUCCCAUACAUGUGGAGUCACCAGCCGCUUCUUUUCACCUGACAGUGAGGAGUUUCACCAGGGGGACGUAGCACGUGGGAGGAUCACGCUAUUCCCCCAAGUCCCCCCCCGAACAGGCGCCCCGACCGACCAGAUGGGGCGCUAAUGCAGCGACCAGGACACAUACCCACAUCAGGCGUCCCACCCGCAGACACGGCCAAUUGUGUCUGUAGGGACGCCCAACCAAGUCGGAGGUAACACGGGGAUUCGAACCGGCGAUCCCUGUGUUGGUAAGCAACGGAAUAGACCGUCAGGCCACUCGGAUGCCAUUGACAUCACAUCUUGACAACUAAGAUAAAGUAGAAUUCAAUAUGGAGUGUAAUCAAGCUUUAUAAACCUGCAGCAGACGAGUUUUAUUUUGCUGUUGUCCGUUUUGUCAGUGAGCACGCAGCACGUUGACCGACAGUUGCGGUGCGCUCCACUGAUUUUCUACUACCACAUUUAACGUUUACAUUUCAAAAACUGUUCAAUUCAGAGUGUCUAGUCUACUGGAGCUUUCCCUCAGGACUGCUGAAGAGCCCGCCGUGCUGCUGCAGCAGCAGGUUUGAUUCCCUCCUUUUAGACGCUAGAAUACCAAGUGUUCACACCGUGCGACACCUGUCCGAGAAGUUGACCGCGGAGGA